AUGCAUCAGCUCUUCCGCUUAGUGCUGGGCCAGAGGGACCUGUCCCGCGCGGGAGACCUCUUCUCCCUGGACGACAGAGAGAUCGAGGACUGCCUCUCCCAGGCACUAGAGGAGCUCAAAACCAUCUCCUGCUCUCCUGACUACCUGACAAAUGACAAUGACCAGGCAGUGGUGGAGAUCUGCAUCACGCGCAUCACCACUGCAAUCCGAGAGACAGGCUCCAUUGAGAGGCACGGGGCGGCGCUGGUGUCCCUGUGGGAAUCCUGCCUGGAACACAACCUCCAACCUCAACACGGCAAGGAUGAGGACACCCCUCACGCCAAAAUCGCCUCUGACAUUACCAGCUGCAUCUUGCAGAACUACAGUCGCCCUCCUGUGAUGGAGCUGGCGGUUCCCGUGGCGGUGCGGUUUCUACGGCAGGGGAACAAGGAGCUGAGCCGUAACAUGUCCAGUUACCUGUCUCUGGCAGCCAUAGCCAAGGCCGAGCUCCUAGCCCCUCACACAGAGGCCAUGAUCCACAGUGCUCUGGGAGGUAAUCACAUGCUUCUGAGAGUCCUGCCCUCUGUGUAUCCAAGGCAACCAGAGCCCAUCCACCGGCACAUUGCUGACCUGGUGGCCAUGAUGUCACAGCUGGACCAGGCCUCCAAGCAGCACCUUCUCAGACUACUGCAGAUGGUCGGAGAGCAACACCCUUUGGUGUUGAGUCCAUUGGUGCCCUCUCUGAUUGGUUUCCUUGAUGACAUCAUUCUGAGUGACACCAUACUUAGCGUGCUAGUGGAUGUGUCGGAGGCUAGCCCCACCUCUCUCUCCACCUCCUUGCCCAUGCUGAGGACUGUGGGACAGCAGAACCCAGCUCUCCUUGGUCAUGUGGCCAAGAUUCACGUCACCGUUGGACUGACCAGUGAGGAGGAGGCGCGUAGUGCUCUGGUGUACCUGGUGUCUCUGCUGGCCAGUAUGGAGCACAGCGUUCACCACGCCCUGCUGCUGGACAUCCGCACUCUGACAGACCACUACACCUCCAUACUGGGGAGAGGAAACAAGGAAAUCUACCGCAUGAGUAACAGCUUCACAGCCAUCGCAAGACUGCUCAGCAGACGACUGGAGAACGACAUGGCCGUAACCUGCAGAGAUGCUGUUGAAGCUGGAGGCUUCUCUAAAGCGUGUGAUGAAGAGGUUACUGGUGCAGAAAGUGAUGCUGACGUAAGUCAGACACUCCAGGUGAAGAUCCAGGCUUUUGAAGACAAACUUGGGGAUGAGGGGGAAGAAGCACAUGGAGAGGGGGGGUCACCAGGACCCCAGCGACGUUACAGCCUGGGCCAAGCAGCACGAGAUGAACGCAGAGAAAUGAGAUUCAACAGAUCCAAAAGCCUGGCUCUUCACGCUGUCCACUCAUGGUUGCCCACCUCUGAUAACGGCCAGGAGGGGGAGGGUGUGGACUUGACCCCCGACCCCUCCCAGUGCGAGACCCCGACCAGCCCUGAGACUGGAGGGGUGCCCACAGACACAGAGACAGGGGCAUACAUGGCUCAGGAGGAUCCUCCUAAAGACAACAUGGCACCCCAGGAUGUCUCCCCAGAGAAGAGGGAGGGUGUGACAGCAGGAGGGAGCCAGCACGACGGGGACCGGCUUUGGGCUCACCUGCGGGACAACGCAGAGAAGAUUCGAACAUUCUGCACAGAGUUGGUCAGACAGAUCCCUGUGCCAGACCACUGUGUCAUCGAAGAUGUCCCUUGUGGCUGUGUAGCGAAGCUGUCUUUCUCCUGCCCACUAAAGGGUCACUACUGUCUGUAUGCCAAGUCGUGCUUCACCCUGUGCAGCCGCCAGCCCCACCUCUGGAUCCAAGUAAUGCUGCUCACCCUACAGAGUAAGUCCUCUGAAGCUCUGUGCAAUCGGGAUGAGUGUGUGCUGAAACUCAGGAGUUUGUGGGAGAAGACUCAGCUGAAAGGGGCUCACAGCUUUGAACUGGCCAUGACUCAGACGACUGUCCCUAACAAGAAGGAUCUGGAUAGUCUACAGAACCAUCUGGAGGAGGUGCGAUUCUUUGAUCUUUUCGGUUAUAGUGAAGAGGAGGGUGGCUGGCUCUGUUUCAUGUGUAACAACCCAGAGAAAGCCACAGUUGUGAAUAAGGAUGGGCAGCCUCUGAUCGAGGGUAAACUGAAAGAGAAGCAGGUGCGCUGGAAGUUCAUCAAGCGGUGGAAGACACGCUACUUCACCUUGGCAGGCAACCAGCUCCUCUUCCGAAAAGGCAAAUCAAAAGAUGAGUUGGAUGACAAUACCAUUGAACUGAGCAAGGUGCAGAGUGUUAAGGUGGUAGCCAAGAAGAGGCGGGACCGAGGUCUGCCCAGAGCCUUUGAGAUCUUCACGGACAGUAAGACGUACGUGCUGAAGGCACAGGAUGAGAAGCAUGCUGAGGAAUGGCUCCAGUGCAUCAAUGUGGCAGUGGCCCAAGCCAAAGAACGAGAGAACCGAGAGGCUACGACAUACCUGUGA